AUGGAGAGUGACCCUAGAAAAACUAUAACUGCUGCUCUUACAUACCCUAUAGAUGAUAGCAUUCCCUCAACUUCGUAUACUGGUAAUGAAUUCUUUGGAAGUUAUCUUGAUUAUUUCUCAAGGCCUACAGAUGAAGAAUACUUUGGCAGUUUGCCUCCGGGUUUUCGAUUUGUGCCAAGGGAUGACGAACUUAUUGAUGACUACUUGAUCAAAAAGAUCAGGAAUGAGAAGCUGCCUCGGAACAAGAUUAACGUCCUUAAUCUAUACGAGUUCAACCCUGAACAACUUGCAAAUGCAAAAUGGAACAACAGCACUAGAAAACGACCAAGGACCAACAAAAAUGAGGUUCAAGAACCAAAUAACAACAACGAUGAAGUUGCAGCAGUGCAGGAAAUAAAGGAUCAUACACUAGAAGUUCAUCCUGCUCCUUCAUAUUGUCUUCCAAAUUAUCAGAAUCCCGAUAAUGUGGUUUUCCCAGAUGUUUACGAUGCUCCUCCAUAUCAGAAUGCAGAUAUAUACAGUAAUCCAGCUCCCAUUACCAUGGUAUCGCCAAUAUAUUCGACUCACGAUCCAAUGUCAUUGGAACAAUAUCACGAGUUAUCAGAAAUUCCAACCAUCGACGGGAACGAAUAUUUGGAAUUGGAAUCUUUGCUGCAUGUGGAGAAUAAGCCCUAUGCUUACUCUCUAUUAUUCCAGCCUCCCAACCCCUAUGAUUCUUGCUAG